AUGACCUUAUUCUUAGACCUCUUUCAAUACCUCGUAUCGCCCAUUCCAGAGCACCUGUGCGUACGUUCAGAGCCUCAGACCUCACAACCAUUGAGUGCUGUGUUUGAGGAGACCAUAGAGUGUGAGGAAACACUAGUGACAAACAACAGAAUCUCCGUAUACUACGAGUCCAUAUGUCCGGACAGUCGACGGUUUAUACUUAACCAACUGAUCCCGACGUACGACAAGUUGAGUCCUUACGUUGACGUCGAUCUGAUACCGUUUGGCAACGCGAAUGUCAGUUACCCUAACCACGACUUCAAGCCGUACUUCCAGUGCCAACACGGCCCGGACGAGUGCUACGGCAACAAAGCGCAGGCCUGUGUCAUCGAUCUGACCAAAAGCACCCGACCCUCGCUCUCCUAUAUUAAGUGCAUGUUUUCGGCCGACAAUUGGAGGCAAACCGCGAUCACUGCCCAAAAGUUCAUCGCCUUUUCUUACGACUAA